AUGGCUGUCUCACACUGUGAGGCUGAGAAUCUGGCUGUUGUUGACUCUACAAGGUGGGAUGAUGACUCAGCAGUCCCAGUCUGGCACCGGAGUCCUAGAGGAUUCCUGGAGAGGGCUGAAUUACCCAUGGUAUCAGCUUACUGCAAUGACAACGUCUUUGCUAAUGAAGAAGUGAGGAAGGACACUUUUAAGGACUGGCCCCACGAGUCACCUGUGGCUAUUGAAGCUCUCGUCAAAGCAGGCCUUUUCUACACAGCAAAAAAGGACCUUGUCUGGUGUUUUUUCUGUGGAGGAUGUAUGGAGAAGUGGGAGGAAGGUGAUGACCCAUUAGCAGACCACACCAAGUUUUUCCCAAAUUGCGUAUUUCUUCAAAACCUGAAGUCCUCUGCAGAAGUGAUUCCAGCCCCUGAGAGCCACCAUGCACUUCUGGAAGCCAUGGAAAUCACAAGUGAAAGCAAUCACGAGGACCCAGUUCAUCCCACCAAGGCUGGCUUGGCUCUGAGGGAAGCUCAGUGGUUUCAAGAGGCAAAGAGUCUGAGUGAGAAGCUGCAAGGCGCCUACACCAAAGCCACUUUCUGCCACAUGAAUUUGCCAGAGUUGUGCUCCAGCCAAGGUACUGACCACUUGCUUGGCUGUUAUGUGCCCAUUGUUUCAAAGCACAUCAGCAGGCCAGUGCAAGGGGCCCUAACAAUCUCCGAGGUAUUCGCCAAUCUCAGCUUGGUCAUGUGUGUGGAGGGGGAAGCUGGCAGUGGGAAGACAACCUUCCUGAAGAAAAUAGCUUUUCUCUGGGCAUCAGGGUGCUGUCCCCUGUUGAACAGGUUCCAGCUAGUUUUCUACCUCUCCCUUAGUUCCACCAGACCAGACCAGGGUCUGGCCAGCAUCAUCUGUGCCCAACUUCUAGAGGCAGGAGGCUGUGUUAAUGAAGCAUGCCUAAGCAGCAGCAUCCAGCAGUUAAAACACCAGGUGCUGUUCCUGUUGGAUGACUAUAAUGGGGUGGACUCACUCCCCCAAGCCCUAGAGACACUGAUUACAAAAAACUACUUGUCACUAACCUGCUUAUUGAUUGCUGUCCAUAAAAACAUGGCCAGAUCCAUCCGUCCAUACCUGGAUACAAUUCUAGAGAUCAAAGAGUUUCCUUUCUAUAAUACUGUCUCUGUAUUACGGAAGUUCUUUUCACAUACUAUAAUCCGUGUACAAAGGUUUUUCAAUUACUUUGGAAAGAAUGAACAUCUGAGAGGAAUUAACAAAACUCCUCUCUUCAUGGCAGCAGUCUGUACUGACUGGUUUCAAAAUCCUUCUGACCAGCCCUUUCAUGAUGUGGCCAUUUUCACGUCCUAUAUGAAGUAUCUGUCCUUAAAGUACAAAGCUGCAGCUGAGGCCCUCAAGGCCACUGUGUCCUCAUGUGGGCAGCUGGCCUUGAGGGGGCAUUUUUCUUCAUGCUUUGAGUUCAACAAUGAUGACCUCACAGAGGCUGGAGUGGAUGAAGAUGAAGACCUGACCACCUGCUUGAUGAGCAAAUUCACCGCCCAGAGACUAAGACCAGUCUACUAG